CAUCUCGAAUUGGAAUUUUUUAAAUCUGAUAAUUCAUUAAAUAAUUUAAUUACAAGUCAUGUGGAAGAUAUUUCAUUUUUUAAAUUAUAUGCACAAAAUCUUUUAAUAGCUGCAAUCUUAGAACAUAGAAUCGAUCUUGUUGAUCAGAAACUGUCUGAAAAAAACUUCAUUGAUAAACAACCCACUAUACCUGCUAUUAAUUUGGUUGUUCCAUUGCCAAAUUUUUGCACAUAUGGAACAGAUUAUAAAUUUUGGAAAGAAAUGCUUGGAAGACCUUUAUCUAAUGGAUUUGUCGAAAUACAAACCCCUGAAUUAUAUUCUAGUUGGACUGAUAUAGGUGCAUUAAUUAUGCCUACCGUUACUUCAAUUUAUUGGUUAUUAUAUGGUCCGCCACCACAAUGGGCGCCCUCAUUAGCAUGCCUGUUUCUUGAUAUAAAAUUCUUAUUCUUUUUACGAGCAUUUGAAUAUUUUGGAAUUUUUUUUGCCAUUAUUAUUGGCGUUGCUCAAAAAGUGUUUUCAUAUUUAAUAGUUUUAGGAAUGAUUAUACUUGCAUUUGCUCAUGCCCUUUAUAUAUUACUUCAAGAACCAAGUGAAAAUUUGGAUUCAACUGAUGUUAAUACUGAUUUAUAUGCAAAUUUUGAGACAUCGCUUUUGGCUGUUUACUUAUUAAUGACUGGUGAUAAUGGUUCACUUUCUACUUGGGAUUAUCGUGCAAACCCUAUUCUAGUCUUAUUGAUGGUUUCAUUUUCUUUUUUUACGGUUAUCUACUUGUUAAAUUUAUUUAUUGGAUUAUUAAGUAAUGCUAUUGGAGAUUAUGAUAACAGAGCUGAAUAUUUAAUACAAAAGGCUGAAAUCUUGAUACAAAUAGAAUUGUUUUGGCUUUUUCCAAAACAACGAAGGUGGCAACAUUGGUUUCCAGAAUACAUUUACUAUAUUGCGCAUAGAGACAAGGUCUAUAGUAAAAUUAUAGAAAUUAAUAAUGAUAAUGAUUUGCCUGAUGAUGCAAAACCAAUUAUUAGCGACGAACUUAAAAAGCUAGCCGGAAUAAAUAUAGAAUCAGAUAAGAAAUUAAAGGCCUUUUCUUAUACUUGA